CGCCCGGCGAGUCUCCAGCGUGCACGAGCGACGCUGUGGCUUCGCUCGCUCGUGCACGCGGCGGCAGCAGCAGCAGCAGCGGGCGGCGGCGGCGGCGGCAGGUGAGAGCGAGGACACCGCGAGCAACGUCGGAGAAGCUCCGGGGAAGAUGUCGGUGACGAGUCCGCACCAGGAGGAACCCAGGAGCCGCAGCAGAGUGUCGAGCGUCGGUCGCUGAGUUCUUUUGAAAGUUUCCCCGUCGGACGGGUUUGUUCGUGAGCCGAGGGGAUACUCAUCAGAGGGACAGGUGUCUCACGUCCGCGGCGCGCCUCGCCUCUCCAUCCCCCCCCCCCCCCGCGACGCGGUGCCAGACUCGGAGGUUUUCUUGUUUCUUUUCAUUGGUUUUCUUCUGUUUGUGGACUAAGGAGGUUUUUUCCGGGGACAUGUUGUGGACCCGGUGUCUCGUCCUGCUGCUCUGCUGGGCCACGACGGGCGGCGAGCAGCAGCAGGCGGAGGAGAGGGUCGGAGGUCCGGCCGAGGUGCGGGCAGACGCGCGGAGGCAGCGGUCCCCUCCGCCGGUGGAGCCCCUGGAUUUCGGGUAUGUGCCGGCGGCGGUCUACGACACCCACGCGUACUACGAGCCGGGGCCCAUAGGGAUCCUCUUCCACAUGGUCCACGCGUUCCUCUACGUGGUUCAGCCCAACUCCUUCCCCAAAGAUCUGAUUGUUAAAGUCAUUCAGCAAAACAUGGGCGGAAUCAAAAUAGAGGAAUGGAGGAAGCCAGAAAACGUUGUCCUGUUGCUGAAGUGGGUCUACUACGAGGCCGGGUUCCUCAUAUGUGCCACCAUCGGUAUCUCGCUGGUGGUGCUCACGCCCAUCAUUGGCAUGUGCUUCUGUGUGUGUCGAUGCUGUGAGAACUGCGGAGGGGAGAUGCACCAGAGGCAGAGGAAGAACGCCGACUGUCAGAGAGGCUUCUACACCGCCACGCUCACCGCCUCCUCCAUCUUCAUCAUUUUGGGGAUACUUGUUGCCUAUGCUGCGAACCACAACAUCAGCACCCAGAUCAAGAGCACUCGCCGGUUCAUCAACACCAACAUGAGAGACCUGAAGACAUUUGCCAACAACACACCUGCGCAAAUUGAAUACCUGACAGCCCAGUACACCACAGCCAAGAACAAAGUCCUGUCCGACCUUGACAACAUCGGACCGUUGCUGGGCGGGAGGAUCCACAGUCAGCUGGAGAAGGAGGUGGUUCCAUCACUGGACACUGCGCUGCGUAUGGCAGGAGCAAAAGUUGAGAGUGCCAUCAAAGCCAUGCGGGAGACCAAGGAGGCCCUGGAGAACGUCAGCUCCUCGCUGGAGGUGCUUCAGGAGGGAACGGGGAAACUCCAGGCCAGUCUGUCGGGGGAGCGCGCCUCUCUGUCCAACACCCUGUCCGACCCCGCCUGCACCAACGGCGCCGUCUCUCACACCUGCAACACCAUCCGGUCCACGCUGUCCCAGCUGGGAGUCAGUGCGAACUUCUUGAGGCUACCGGAUGUCAAUCACGCCUUGUCCAAUGUCAACACAGUCCUGACGACUGAUCUCAGCAACAUUGUACAAAAGGGUUACUCAUCCUUUAAUGACACACCACGACUGGUUAAAGAGCAAACAAAAAAUAUUGUCUCAGCUCUUCCUCGAGUGAAAGGCAUGCUUGAUAAGAUUGGCCUAGAGAUCAACAACUUCGCCAGGAUGUUCCCAGUGGAAGCCUCUCUGGCCAAUUUCACCCUUUUCCUGAGUCAAGGACAGAAGAACAUUGAGUCCUUUUACCCGCAGAUUGACCAAUUCGAUUUCUACAGGUGGAUAGGCUGUGUGGCAGCGCUUUGCAUGGUCGUCUUGGUCCUGGCCUUCAACAUGCUCGGGCUACUAUGUGGUACCUGCGGCUACGACAAGCAAACCACACCCACAACCAGGGGCUGCCUGUCAAACACCGGCGGCAACCUGCUCAUGGCCGGGGUGGGCUUCUCUUUUAUCUGCUCAUGGCUGCUGAUGGCCAUCGUGACCGCCUUGUUUGUUGUCGGUGGCAACGUGGAGAAGCUGAUGUGCGAGCCGCUGGCUAACCGACAGCUAUUCCAGAUCAUAGACACACCGUUCCUGGUUCAUCCUUCCAAGAGGAACUUCCUUCCUGGGAUGCUUUUUCAGAAUCCAAACAUUGACUUGACUUUGGGGAGCAUGUACAGGGAGUGCCAUGAGAACAAUGGUCUGUAUCACGCUCUGCAACUGGAGACCAUGUUCAACAUCAACACCUUCCUCAACAGAACUGUGUACAACAAGGAUCUGGCCAAAGUGUUUGAGAACGUGCAGGUGGACCUGCAGGACAUCGCCCUCCUGGAGAAGGCCGGCAGAGACAACCUCAUCAACUUCGCCAACUCGGGAGUUGGACAGAUCGACUAUGAGGCGUACCUGGCUGAGGUGACGAAGGGAGUCACUCUCGUGGAUCUCCUGACCUUCUCUACUGACCUGGAGGCCCAGGCUGACCAGCUGCCACGUGGUGCUCUUGAGAACGCACUGCGGGGACACGCCAGCAGUAUCAGACAGAUCCACAGAGAAAUGGUGGUGCCCAUGGAGCAAGCGAUGAAAUAUGUCAAGGCGCGGAGCACUCUGAGCCAGAGCAUCAAACUGCUGCAGAGGAUGUCCAACGACCUGCCGGUCAAGGUCAAUAAUAUCCUGAGUGCCAUCGAUGCAGCAGAGUACCUCAUCACUCAUAAUGCCUCCCAUGUGGUGAAGCAGGAAACAAAGGGCUACAUGCAGAGCUUGGUGGGAUACUUCAAACAGUACACAGAAUGGGUUAAGAAUUCUUUGACUGCAGAGGUGGCCCAGUGUAAACCAAUCAGUAACAUUGUGGACAGCAUGGAGAUCGUAGGGUGCAGCUUCUUGGUCGACUCAGUGAACACAUUCUGGUUUGGUCUGGGAGCCUGCGCCAUCUUCAUGAUCCCCAGUAUCAUCUUCUCCAUCAAACUGGCCAAGUAUUACAGAAGGAUGGACACAGAGGACGUCUUUGAAGAUUUGGGUAAUGCAGGUAAUCACGGUGAACAAGUGUGCGAUAUCCAUGGAAGCCUCACUGUGGUCAGUGCGUGUAUACGUAGCUCCCCCUAUGGCGACACUCUGUUCCCUCGGGCCUCCGCUCCCCCGAGCUACUCUGACUGGUGACCCACCGGAACGUUCUCCCUUUCAAAAGAGUGGACAAGAGAACUGGAACUGAGCUUUCCUUUGUGAUCUAAAUACAUUCCAAAUAUAAAAGGGACAAAGAACUUUGUGGUGAGGACGUCCGACCCCCACGUUACGCCAACUGUAAUCUAUCUCCUAUCCAGGAUGAUCCAGUCAGCACCACAACCGUCCUUCUAGUGUUUCAUACUGUACUUUGUCAAAUGUCCGAACACAUUUGCUGCAUAGCUAGUUUUACACGUAGAGAAUGAAUUUGUACUUCAUCAGUUUUAACGUGUACAUUUUUUACGCUUUCAAUACUUUUGAAAGUUUUAUAUAUUUUUGUUAAUGUUUGUUUUAUAAAAUGUAAGUAGUUUUUUUUUUUUUGGUAGUUGUAGCAGCAGCUCUUUUCUUUCCCUCCAUUUUUUUUUUUUCUUUGCCUGGUGAAUAUUUGUAACGGAGCUUGCAUUACUUUUGGCUCUACAGGUUUUUGCACCGACCGGGUAGAUUUUCAUUAAAAAUAGUUUUACAUUUUGAGAAAUACACUUCUUCGCUUUGUUGACCAAAGUGCUGAACCAACAGGCCAACUCUGCCGACUACGAACCUCUGCCAUUAGCAUGGCUAACGUGUCAAUUUGUGGUUUUACAGGGUUUGGUUUUUCUACAUUCGAAAGAAAUGAAAUUUUUUAAAAAAGGAUAAAUUAGGCUCGAGGCUGAUUGUGUUUUGUGUUUCCUUCAAAUGGAGCCAAGUCAGCUGUCGUCUCCCCAUCUCCAGUCGUUUGCUAAGCUAAGCUAACCGUCUCUCGGCUGUAGCUUAAUAUUUAGCAUAUAUAUAUUUUUACAUGGAAGUUAUAAGAUCUUCUCACCUAACUGUUGGAAAGUAGCUUUGCGAAAGUUUAUUUUACAAAAUAUCAAACUGUUCUUUUAAUACAUUUUUGGGAAAUGAAGGUAUUAGUCCAGAGUUUACCCUGGUUCAUGAUUCUGCAAGAGGCGAAUGUUACAAGCGAUUCAACACACACACACACACACGAGCUACAUGCAUGCUAGUGCUACGCUAACAAGGUUUCAAGACGGCUGACGGACAUAAAAGGGUUGUGUCUCUUAGGCGCCUCGUGGCCAGACCAUUAGUCGACUUGUUGUCAGAGGUUUGUUGUCUCUUCACCAUCCUGUGGUUUGACAAAUAAAUCUCCCAGAAGCCUCUGUGGUGUCGGAGGUCAGAGGUCAGACGGAGUAAAACACACACAGUCACACAGACACCCUUCAAAAAAUGCAGAUGCAGUUUCUGGCGAGGACGCUGCUCUGCGAAUAAAAACUUCCGUCCAGUAA